GAACUUACAUUGUCAAAUACCUUUAACAACAUCCUAUUACAUAUUUUGCAUUGUGAGACUUGGUAAUGUAUUUUCUAUGUAAUUAAAUGUGUUCGGUGCACUUUAUCUUGAAACAUUUUAAUUUUUUCUGUUGCGGAAAGUGCAAUAGCUGAAACUGCAUUAUUUCGUAUAAAUACAAGUUUCCAAAACAUUGGCUUUUGUUGCAGACAAUUUUAGUUUCUUUAAAACACAAUGGAUAAAAUUUUGUAUAACGCAAUACUUCUUCUCAUCGUCCUGGCCAUCGCAACGGCAUUAUUAAAGCCUGGAGAUGGAAAACCUACUUGUACCACUAAAGCAGAAAUCGAUAUUGGUUUGUUUCGUAAUAAUUGGGAUCCAACCUCAUACUGGAAAUGUGAAGUAAUUGACGAAUUGCCUACAUUGGAAAGAUGCCCGGAUCAAAUGGCUUAUCUAGAUAGCAUCAAAGAUUGUGUGAGCUGGGAAUAUUGGCAGUGGGAAGAACCGAUAGAGCCUUUAACCAUCGCAGAGCAAUCUUAAGUAUCACAUCAAAUUGUUUUCGAAAUACAGUGCAGUAAAUGAAAAUGAAAGUCAUUAUUUUACAAACUAAAGCUUUUUUCCUUUUGCUAUAUUCAACUAAAUUUUAAUAUCAUCUGACAAGAACGAAAAGAAAUUAUUAACACACGAAUAAUUGAUACCUUUAAAUGUUGACGAUUUCAUCUUUCCCUGUGAUGUCAGAAUUUUGUAAAUCUUUAAUUAACAUAUGCUCCGAGACGUGAAGAAGAAUUGCAGACUUGCUAAAGACCUGAGCUGAUUUGACUAUUUACGCACUUCUAUACGUUUUUGAGAUUAUUGAGCGAGAUUUGGUGUGCAAACAUUUUAUAUUUUAAGUUGAGCGACUAUGACAUCAUCCCUAGACUACAUUUUUUUAAAAUGAUUCGUUGCAAAGUUAUGAUUCAUUCAAAUUUACUCGCUUUAAUAUGCAUUUCUCAUAUUCCAUCUAAGAGUUGAUUGUCACUACAAUACAAAUUGUAGAAAUGAAAUAAACUACACACAAUCGAAUGUGCGUUUUUAUUUUACUACUAUUCAUUAAUUAUUAAAAAUCGUAUUAUAUUUUAGUGUUAAAUAACUUUAUUCGUAAUCAUAUCCAUUUACAAAUCAUAGUGGUUCUCUGUGCCAAUUAUUUACCUUAUUGUUUACGGUAAAAAAAAACUUACAAAACUGAGGAAUGCGUACAUAUAUAAAAAGCUCGUAAAGGUGCUCAGCAUAAAGACAGAGACUAAAAUAUAUUAGCAAAUAUUCCAAUACAUACAUUUCUAAAAAAAAAAUCUACCUCUAGCCAAAUGGCGAAAGUGAUUACUUAAAUAAACCAGUAUAAUUAAAUUUA